AAAACAAUGAAGAGCAUACAUUUAUACGCAUUACGUAGUAAUUGUUGAUAAAAAUAAUAUUAUGGGAGUGAAACUAUAAUAUCACACUGGAAGAAGAAACUCAAUAAUGGUGGAGGAAUUCUCCACGUGUUAUACAUCAUAUGUGCGCUAUGCGAAUAUAUAGGAGAGAGAGGUCAUCUGCAUUUCCCAUGCAAAUACUAACCCCACCUAAAGUACAUGACAAUAAUAAUACAUAAAUGUGUAGAAAAUACAUGACAACCAAAAGAUACGUACGUAGGAAAAAUACAUGGACUCCAAUACUCCCCCUCAAGAUGGAGUGUGUAUGUCACGAACACCCAACUUGCUACGAAGGAAAUGAAAGCGGUCUGUUCCAAGUGCUUUUGUGAAUAUGUCGGCCACUUGAUUUGUCGUGGAUAUGUAUUGUGGUUGGAUUUCGUUACUAGCAACUCGUUCUCGUACAAAGUGACAAUCCAUUUCGACAUGUUUGGUACGCUCGUGAAAACCCGGAUUGAGCGCAAUGUGCCGCGCUGCUUGGUUGUCACAAUAAAGCAACGUUGGGCCCUUUUGAUGAAUUGUAAGAUCUCGUAGUAACCAACAUAACCAUAAAAUCUCACUAACAGUGACUGCCAUGGCACGGUACUCUGCUUCAGCGGAAGAACGAGAGACGACAAAUUGUUUCUUUGUCCGCCAUGAUAUGGGUGAAGCUCCAAGAGUGAUUAAAUAACCAGUGCUAGAUCGACGAGUAAAGGAGCAUCCUACCCAAUCAGCGUCACAAUAUCCGGUCAAGGUGAAGUUAUCGUCGGAAGAUAAAAAUAUACCUUGACCAGGUGUGGAUUUUAAGUACCGAAGGACAUGAAUAGCUGCAUCAAAGUGUGAUUGUCGGGGGGCGCCAAUAAAUUGACUGAGCUGGCUAACUGAGUAGACUAUAUUUGGACGAGUCACAGUGAGAUAUAGGAGACGCCCAAUUAAUCUUCGAUAGGAAGGGGCAUCUACGAGCGGACUACCAUCAUCAGGGCGGAGUUUUAAGUUUUGUUCCAUCGGCAACAAACUAGGAUGGCCAGCAAGAUUAUCACUUUCUCCUAUGAUGUCAAGAGUAUAUUUUCGUUGGCUUAAAACGAAACCUUCAAGAGAGCGGGCAACCUCAAUUCCAAAAAAAUAUUAAAGCUUUCCCAAGUCUUUGAUGCUAAAGUUGGUAUCUAAAUAAUGUUUGACAGUGUCAAUGUGAGAAGAAUCAUUUCCGGCCAAGAUAACAUCAUCCACGUAGGUGAGAGCAAAAGUUUGGACAAGUCCCUUCUGAAAGAUAAAAAGAGAGUGAUUUGCAUGAGAUUGACGAAAACCGAUUCUGAUCAAUGCUUGAGUGAAUUUAUGGUACCAAUUACGAGAAGCUUGUCGGAGUCCAUAUAGAGAUUUUUGCAACUUGCAAACUCGAGUAUCACCCUUUUUAGCAAAUCCCUGUGGUAGACACAUGUAGACGUCUUCAGAGAGGUCACCGUAAAGAUAGACGUUGUUUACGUCUAAUUGGUGAACUGUCCAAUCUCGUUUGGCAACAACGGCCAACAAACACCGUACCGUAACAAGUUUGGCCACCGGUGCAAAUGUUUCAUGAAAAUCAACUCCUUCUACUUGCGUAAAUCCCUUGGCUACUAGUCUAGCCUUGUACCGCUCCACAUCGCCGUUGGAUUUAUAUUUAAUUUUAUAAACCCACUUUGAAUCAACUGCCUUUUUUCCCCGUGGUAAUGAGGCUAGAACCCAAGUAUUAUUUUCUUCCAAUGCCUUUAUCUCCUUUUGCAUGGCAUCUCUCCAUAAAGGAUCUCGCACAACCUGUGAAAAAUAUUUAGGCUCAUCACGAGAAGUGAUGGCGGCUAAAUAUGCUUUAUGAGUACAUGAAAAUUUUUCAUAAUUAAUGUAUUUCGAAAUAGGGUGAACUGUUGAGUUUGCCGUGUUGGUAGUAGACCGUGAGUGAUCAAGGGAUGGUGGCAAAUCAGUCUCAUAAUGAUCAAGGUAUUUAGGCAUUCGGCGGUUCCGAUCACCCCUUUUUAGUUCCCAAGGAGGUGCAAUGUUUGAAGGAUUCAGAGAUGGACCCGUGGGAUGUGUGCCUUGUGAAGACACGUCAAAGGGCAGCUGGCUAGGUGACUGGACAAUAGCCGGGAUGGGAUCCUCAACUUGCAGCCCGUCAAUAUGUCAAUAUUGUCAGAUGUGGGACCAUGGCUUGCGGAUUUAUGCAUAAGAGAAGCAAAAGAAAGCCGCUGCAGUGGAUUGAUGUAGGACAGUUGCUCCUCAGGCGAUGAAUUUGAAGUUAUGUUUGUUGUGUUGGAAAAAUGUGUUAAAAAUUGCAUUAAAUGAUCAUUUUGGGGCAAUUAUUUGAGUGGGGUCCACUUCCGAUUUGGGUCGGAUCAAAGUGGUUUCGGAUUUUCCUUGUUAAGGGCUACAAUUUGAUAUAUGGUACGCUCAAAACGGAUAACGGGUGAAUGAGAAAUUGAUUCUCGAAGUUCACUCGUUGAAAUGGAAAAACAGGGAAAAUGAUGGGUUUCUAGUGUGUUUUAUACCACACCGGAAAAUUCAAAGGAUUUUCACCCCCUUAUAAAGGGAAGCCUCUUAUAAGGAGUUAAGAUUCCUAAAGGUAAAAGCUCUCUCUUACGCGCAGGGGGGUGCCGAUCAAAUCCCGAAACGGAGAAGAAAAACCGUGACUCGUGUGCGCGGGCGACAUGCGGACACGAAUGUCGUCCGAAAAUCUAUCAUUCAAAGAUAUGAUGCUCGAACUCUGGUGGCUUCGUACAAGAGAUGCUCCAACUCUGGUGAGGGUCCUCUGCUGGCUUCGCAUCAGAGCUGCUCAAACUCUGGUGGAUGUAUUCUGGUAGCAUCAGAGUUGGAAAGGGGUAUUCUGGUCGCGCACCAGAGCUGCUCCAAGCCGUUACAACAAUAAAUGCCCAACGUUCUUGUCUUUUAAUGCAUCGUUACAUGGACAGUUUAUGGACGAUUCAAUGCCGAACGGACUUGUUAUUGAUGUCCAACGUUCACGUCCAUUAACACCCCAUUUAACACACAACAAAUCCUCCUAUAAAUAGCUGACAGGUACUUGCAACAACCAUACACUAUCUGCACAUAUUUUGAGUUGUAAAACACUUCCACCUACUCUGAAAAAAUUCAUGACUGCUCUACUUUGUUCCCGUUCACCGGAACUCUCGUUUGUAUGCUCAAACGUUAGUUCGUUAGCCAUCGUAUCCUGGGAAAUGGUCGUUGCAACGCUCCUAGCACCGUGGGAGGCGACGAAUACAUUUUAAGGACAUCAUGCGUAGCACGAGCUCUGGCUAAACUCUGUUCCAUCUUAUUUCUGGUUUUCUUUAGCUAUUUAAAUUAAUUAAUUAUUUUUAUUAAUUAAUAUUUCUUCGUUUUUUCGAGACACACCCAACAAUCUUAAAACGUAUUCGUGAUUGUGUUACUGUGGUAAACAAUCUUAAAACGUAUUCCGUGAUUGUUCUACUGAGGUAAACAAUCUUAAAAUCGUAGUUUGUCACUUUGGUGAACGAACUUAUUUUUGUGUUUUCGGAAAACGUAAGAAAACGUUAAAAUGGCUUCACAAGAACAUGGAAAUGUUGGUGGGCAGAACGUGCGAAAUGACACUCACUCUGAAAGUGGAGCUUCUGUGAACAAUGGUUCACAACGCGGAGCAUCUACUUUGGGCAACCAAGGGGCAAUCCCUAUGGUUACCGUGUCGAGCAACUCUGUGGAGAAACCCGAAAAAUUUAAUGGGUUAAACUUCAAGAGGUGGCAUCAAAAGAUGCUAUUUUACCUCACUACUCUCGAUCUUGCUAGGUUCUUGACCGAAGAUGCGCCGGUAGCAAUCGGGGGUGAGGUGGAUGCGCAAUCUUUCAACGCCGUUGAAGCUUGGAAGCAUUAUGACUUCCUUUGCCGAAACUAUGUGUUGAACGGGCUGCAUGAUGCUUUGUACGACGUUUAUAGAAAAUUAGCUACGGCUAAGGAGCUAUGGAAUGCUUUGGACCACAAAUAUAAAAACGAGGAUGCCGAUGCAAAGAAAUUUGUUGUAGGCCGAUUCCUUGAUUUUAAAAUGAUGGAUUCGAAGACGGUCUUGAGUCAAGUUGAAGAAAUGCAAAUGAUCUUCAACGAAAUUCGAGAUGAAAGAAUGAUAGUUAGUGAGUCUUUCUAAGUGGCAUCAAUUAUCCAUUUAUUGCCGCCGGCUUGGAAGGAUUUCAAAAACUACCUUAAGCAUAAGCGAAAGGAAAUGAACUUGGAGCAAUUGAUCCUCCGUCUGCGGAUUGAAGAGGAUAACCGGAAGACCGAUGAGAAACUCCCAAUCGUUACCAGCGCCAAGGCAAACGUGGUGGAGCAUGCAAAGGGCUCCAAAACCAAAAAUAAUGGAAAGAGCAAGCUCGGUCCCAAGGGAGGCGUUUCCAAGAUAAAGUUCAACGGAAAAUGCUUCAAUUGCAAUAAAAAUGGACACAAGUCCGCGGAUUGCAAGGCACCCAAGAAGAAGAGGGACUCUCAAGUCAACUUGGUGCAAGGUGGGCAAAAGGAUGAAGACAUCAUCCUUGCGGCUGUGGUGACCGAGGUCAACCUCGUUGGAUCCAAUUCCAAGGAGUGGUUCGUGGACACCGGUGCAACCCGGCAUAUUUGCUCAAACCGGGAGUUAUUCACUACUUUUGAGCCAACAAAUGGUGAGAAGGUGUGGAUGGGAAACUCGGCUCAUUCCGCGGUUGAAGGCGUGGGCAAGGUGGUCAUGAAGAUGACUACGGUCUAAUUUUUGUUUCUUCCCGUAACAUUUUAUUUUCCCCAGGACAAGAGGUGCUCAGACAGAACUGUUCGAACUCUGGUGGCUUCGUACCAGAGAUGCUCCAACUCUGAUGGGGGUCCUCUACUGGCUUUGCAUCAGAGUUGCUCCAAUUUUGGUGGAGGUAUUCUGGUAGCAUCAGAGUUGCUCCAACUCUGAUGGGGGUAUUCAGGUCGCGCACCAGAACUGCUCCAAGCCGUUACAGCCAUUAAAUGUCCAACGUUCUUGUCUUUUAAUGCAGCGUUAAAUGGACAGUUUAUGGAUGAUUCAAUGCCCAAUGGUCUGGUAAUUGAUGUCCAACGUUCAGGUCCAUUAACACCCCAUUUAACACACAACAAAUCCUCCUAUAAAUAGCUGGCAGGUGCUUUGCAACAACACAUGCAAUCAUACACUAUCUGCACGUAUUUUUGACCUCUAAAACACUUCCAGCUACUCCGAAAAUUUCUGAGUGUUCUGCCUUUGUUCUCGUUCGCUGGAACUCUCUUUUGUGUGCUCAAACGUUAGUUCGUUAGCCACCGUAUCCUGGGAAACGGUCGUUGCAACGCUCCUAGCACCGUGGGAGGCGACAAAUACGUUUUAAGGACAUCGUGCAUAGCACGAGCUCUGGCUAAACUCUGUCCCAUCUCUUUUUUUGUUUUUCUUUGGCUAAUUAAUUAAUUAAUUAAUUUUAUUAAUUAAUAUUUCUUCGUUUUUCCGAGACACACCCAACAUGUUGAUGUAGCUGGUGUGGGGCUGUUUUCCAUGUGAAGCCGAGACGAUGAUUCAUGUGUAGCAGACUGUUUUUGUCUAGAUACGUGACCCAUUUGCAGCUGCCCACUAGUUGGAAGGUCAAAAUCAACACGCAGCUGCUGGUUUAAGUCUGCCGCCCUGGAGUCAUUUUGUCAAUCCAACUGUAGUUGUCCAGGAAAGUGAUGAGUUGGCAGCAACUGGUUCGUUGGUGCUUGAGUGGGACUAUGAGUACUCUGUCCAGUGUAUUGUCCGCUAGUAAUAAUCGGCUGAGGGAGAAAAUUGCUUGAUGGAUUAUUAUGUUGCGGUGUAAGAUGCUCGUUAUUCACCGUGUGAUUGUAUACCUUUUCCACGAGGGAUGGAAAAUCAAGCUUUUGAUCAAAAUUGAUUUUAAAUGGGAAUUUUUCCUCAUAAAAUAUUACAUCCCGAGAGCUAUAGACACUAUGUUUUUGCAAAUCGAAAACACGAUAAGCCUUUUGACCAUACGGAUAGCCAAUAAAUAUGCAAGGACUCCUCCCCUUUCACCGAAUUUAUCUUUUCUUUUAUUAUAAUGGGCGUACACUAAACACCCAAAUACACGCAUAUGAUCAUAGCUAGGCCCUUUCCCAAACAGCAUCUCGAAAGGACUUUUGUUAGAAAUGAUGGGUGAGGGAAGUCUAUUAAUAAUAUAAACAACUGUUAAUAUGCACUCUCCCCAAAAAUCAAUAGGUAACCCAGACUGGAAACGCAGUGCUCUAGCAAUUUCCAAUGUGUCUAUGCUUACGCUCAACAACCCCAUUUUGUUGUGGCAUGUCUGUGCAUGACGUUUCCAAUAAUAUUCCAUUGCGCCCAUAAUAAUCAAAUAAACUGUUGGUAUGAAAUUUCACACCAUUAUCAGCCCGUAUCCUUUUGACUUUUUGCUCAAAUUGGGUUUCAACCAUAUUGCAAAAUUGCAUAAUAAAUUGAGAAACUUCCGAUUUAUUUUUCAUCAAAUAAACCCAUACACCACUGGUAAAAUCAUCAACAAUAGAUAACAAGUACCUUGCACCGGAGAUUGAAUCACAUCUAUAGUCUCCCCAGAUGUCACAAUGUAUCAACUCAAAACAUCGAGUUGUCUUAAUGGAACUUGUAGGAAAAGGUAAUCUAGUCUGCUUAGCUCGAAUGCAGGGAUCACAAAAACUAUUGCUUCGUCGAAAUCCCUUGAGAGAACUAAUGUGGUGUAAUGUUCCAUCAGAUGCAUGUCUCAAACGUUGAUGCCAUAAAUCUGGUCUAAUCGAUACUGACAUUGCCACCCCUUCACUUCUAGGAGGCUCCAAGUAGUAGAGACCACCAUCACACAAUUUACCCACGCCAAUUAGUUUCCUCGAGUAUACAUUCUGUAAAACACAGAAGUCUGAGAAGAAUAUGAGUGUACAAUUUAGAUCGCUUGUUAAGCGACUAACUGAAAGUAGAUUGCAUUGAAAUUUUGGAAUGUAUAGAACACGUUCGAGCCAGAGUCAAUUAGGCAAGUAUAAGCCUCCGACAGCAUGUACCAGAAUUGAUUCGCCAUUAGGAAUUUUGACGGAUGAUUCUAAUAUGUGUCUGGUGAUAGUAAAAAGAUACAUAUCACUACAAGUGAUAUGCUCAGUAGCUCCAGAAUCAAUAAUCCAAGGACGAUCAUUUGGCAGUGUGUAUGCAAUAUUUACUUGAGAACUACCAGAAGAAGAAGAACACAUAACUUCACAACUCUUCUUAAUGGUGGUAUCACAAAUCACCAUAGCUCAAAGAAAUAGGAGAUAAUCAAGAACUUUUUUUUUAAUUCCAAAAUUUCGGCUCUUAUACCAUGAUAAAAAUAAUAUUAUGGGAGUGAAACUAUAAUAUCACACUGGAAGAAGAAACUCAAUAAUGGUGGAUGAAUUCUCCUUAACGUGUUAUACAUCUCCGCUAUGCGCAUAUAUAGGAGAGAGAGAUCAUCUGCAUUUCUCAUGCAAAUACU